CUGGCAGCUCUGUUAAUGGUCCACGUCAAGCCGGACCCCGAGUCAUUCUUGCAUUUUUUAAUUAAUUUACAUUUAUAAGGAGAAUCAAAACCAAAAUGGUGAGCCUGCUGCAAGAAAUCGACACAGAACACGAGGACAUGGUCCAUCACGCUGCUCUGGACUUUUAUGGACUGCUUUUGGCCACUUGCUCCUCCGAUGGAUCUGUUCGUAUUUUUCAAUCGCGAAAGAACAACAAGGCAGUGGCUGAACUAAAAGGUCACCAAGGCCCGGUGUGGCAAGUGGCAUGGGCACAUCCCAAAUUCGGAAAUAUUUUGGCCUCUUGCUCCUACGACCGCAAGGUGAUUGUAUGGAAAUCGACAUCUCCCCGCGAUUGGACCAAACUCUACGAGUACAGCAACCACGACUCAUCGGUGAAUUCGGUUGAUUUCGCUCCUCCAGAGUAUGGCUUGGUAUUGGCCUGUGCCAGUUCGGAUGGAUCCAUUUCAGUGCUCACCUGCAACACGGAAUAUGGUGUGUGGGAUGCCAAGAAGAUUCCUAAUGCCCAUACCAUAGGAGUCAAUGCCAUUUCGUGGUGCCCAGCUCAGGGACCAGACCCGGCUUUUGAUCAAAGGGUCAACUCUCGCAAUACGUCCGUGAAACGUUUGGUUAGCGGUGGCUGCGACAACCUGGUCAAGAUUUGGCGCGAAGACAACGAUCGCUGGGUGGAAGAGCAGCGUCUGGAAGCCCAUUCGGAUUGGGUACGCGAUGUGGCUUGGGCUCCAUCCAUUGGUUUGCCACGUUCGCAAAUUGCAACCGCUUCGCAGGAUCGUCAUGUGAUUAUUUGGAGCAGCAAUGCCGAUUUGACACAGUGGACACCCACUGUCUUGCACACAUUCGAUGAUGCAGUGUGGAGCAUUUCGUGGUCAACCACAGGCAAUAUAUUGGCUGUCACCGGCGGCGAUAAUAAUGUGACACUGUGGAAAGAAAACACCGAAAGUCAAUGGAUACGUAUCAAUUAUGAAGCGGGCACAGUCAUACAAUCGAAACAACAGCCUCAUCAUCUUCAUCACUCACAACAACAACAACAGCAGCAGCAGCAACAACAACAACAGCCGCAGCAACUGCAACAACAGCAGCAAUCGCAUCCAAAUCCAUCGUCAGACUCGGAGCACAGCUCGAACCUAUCCAAUUCAAAUCUAUCCAACUCACAGCUCUCCAACUAAGCGACAACGCGGCUUGAUUGAUUGGUUCUACAAAAAAUGUUAUCUUACAAAUUCUUAUAAAAUAUAUCCAUUUAAUAUCUACUAAGAAAAAUGA